AUGAUUUUUAGGCACUCAGUUCUCUCCGCUGCUCAUUGUCUCUCUACCUCGAAUUUCUUCGUAUCUGUUGGCCAUGGAAGUGACGACAAUAAAGCUGUUGAUUGCCCCCCAUCACAUCAAAAGAAGCAUCCGAGCUACAGCUCAAUCUACCUAUCGAAUGAUAUUGCAGUUUUGAACAUCGAAAAGAAGAUCAAAUUUUCAGUCAAUGUCUUUCCAGCAGCACUUCCUUCCAGGAUGCCAGUCAACAACAGACCAUCAACAGUCUGUGGUUGGGGCUCAACAUCAUACCCUUCGCUAAACUACCCAACAGAGAUGCAAUGCGCCGACAACCAAAUCCUCGACGCAACCAACUGCAUCCAGUACUACGGAACCCAGAUCAAGCCAGGCAUGGUCUGCGCAACCAGCAUCACCUACGAACAAGACGCCUGCAUAGGAGAUUCCGGUGGUCCGCUCUUUGACUGGUUUUCCUACGUAAUCGACAGCCACGGCUGCGUCCACGAAGAGGUCGUCGGCAUCGUUUCUUGGGGCAAUGGCUGUGGAACAGCCCCGGGGGUGUACACAGAUGUCUUUUUCUUCAAAGAUUGGAUCAAGAGAACUGCACAAGAAUGUUUAUUCUGCGAAGGAAUCCAAAGUAGAGAAGAUGGAAAAUGUAUUGUUGACGAAGAAAACAGUUGA